AUGGAAAAUGAGAUGUACGAGUUAGAAAAGAAGAAUGCCGAAUUACAGCAACACCACGGGGAAGAUUCAAACUCGGCAACCCCGCAGCCUGUCGGGGGAGAAGAGCAGGAUGAGGAAAUGCGACCGAGCAGCCAGGGAGGACGGAGAGAAAGAAAGAAGAACCAUAAUGCCGUGGAUCAAAAACCCCGGAAGAACAGGACGUCGAAAAGGAUGGACAAAAAGCUCAAGGAGAUUAUUGAGAACUGGAGCAGAGGUAAGUCGGCUUUCCCAUUUGCUGACCGGGUGGCCUCGUUCCACCUCCCCGAGAAGUUCAAAGUCCCCGAUAUCAAGACCUACACCGGGCAGGAGGACCCGGUGGAGCAUUUGGACAACUACCGCGCUCACCUCGAACUGCAGGGGACCCCUGAUGAGGUGGCGUGCCUCGCCUUCCCGCUGACCUUGUCGGGAAAUGCCAGGGAUUGGUAUAGAAGGCUUCCCCCGAAGUCCAUACAAAGCUUUGACGAAUUCGGAAAAAUGUUCGUAACUCAAUUCAUGGUGGGAGUUGUAAGAAGGAAGCCGACGGGCACCUUGAUGUCGAUACAACAAGGGCGAGAUGAGUCCCUUAAGGAGUUCCUCCAGCGCUUCAACCAAGCAAGGCUCACCACCGAGAGCCUCACCGAAGAGUUCGUGCAUUCGGCACUUUAUCAGGGGAUCAGGAAAGAUGGGCCGCUGAUGGCUGAUCUCGCCCGGAAGCCGACUCGUUAUUUGCAUGAGUUCAUGGAGAGGGCAGACGAGUUUAUUAACCAAGAAGAGACCCUUCGAGCGUUGCUCGGGAAAGGAACCGGCCAAACCUCUAAUCAGGGGGACAAGCCGAAGAAGAAGAAGGAAUUCCGCAAGAAGCAGGAGGUAGUGGAACUCGGGAUUAAGAAGAAAUUCCAGGAUUACAACUGGACUCCCCUUAACUCGCCCAUCGAAGAGGUCCUAGCGGCGAUUAAAGUGGAUCCCAUAUAUGAGAAACCUGCGGAGAUAGUGGGAACUCCCCACCCAAGGACCGCUGACCACUAUUGCGCUUUCCAUGAGUCAAAGGGGCAUAGCACAGAGAAUUGCAGGUCCUUGCGGGCCUUAAUCAAGAAGUUUAUCCGGAACGGGAAGCUAGUCCGUUUCCUGGCGGGUCAACGGGGUCCGCCUGGGUCCGAUCGGAACCCCCAGCCUGAGGAACGGAGGAACCAGCCGCAGAGAUAUCGGGAAGAGCCCAGGGAAAGGAUGGAGCGCCCCCGGGACCGGGAUAGAGAGCCUAACAACCGACCAGCCGACUGA